CAAUCGAGCACACUAUUUCGUUAAAGGCGAUUGAUUGAAAAAAAAAACAAAUAAAUACGUGAAGCGGCAAAGAAAGCAUCAUACCUAAGGCCGGCAAUACGAAGAGUACGCUGCUGCCAACCCCCUAACACCCCCCGGCCACGCCCCCGCCCUGUUCCGCCCGUGUGUGGAGCGCCAAAAGGAUGUCCGCUGUGGAGGCGGAUGUGCUGCAGAAAAUCGAUCUGAUUGAGCCCACGACCGGAAAAUUGUUUUUCGAGCACAAAACGGAACUGGUCUUCUGCCGGCCACAUCUGAUGCCCCUGAAGACGCAGGCGCUGGAACGUCUGGAGGAAAUGCAUCGGGAUACCGCUCGCCAAUUGCAGAAGAAGCGAUUGCAGAGGAAGUCCUCGGAGCCCAUGAAUUAG